GCGCUCGUUAUUGGCACGUCAGAGAAACAGCCGCCGCUGCAAAGGUGACAUUUGGCUUUCUGGUCACCGCAGUUUAAAUAGAAAAGUCAGAAAGCCCUGAAGAGUGGUGCAACAAAUAUCAGCAUGUCUUCUCUCACGAGGACGGCGGGUGUCCUCCGCACCGGCCUGCAGAUCUUCAGGCGUGGACCUCAGCAGAUGACCGUCAGAAAGGCUGGAGGAGGUCCACACAUUGAGCCUCAGUACAGACAGCCACCUCAGACCACCAAGAGCCAGAAGUUUCAAGCUGAGCUGCUCAGUGGUGCCAUGUGGUUCUGGAUCCUCUGGCACACCUGGCAUGACCCGGAUGCCAUACUGGGUCAUUUCCCAUGGCCAGACACCUCUGCGUGGACAGACGAGGAGCUGGGAAUCCCACCUGAUGAUGAAGAGUAGACUCACCCACAACACACCAAUAUGUGCACCAGAUACAUGAUCACAAACCCACACACUUUCUGUAUGAGAAACUGGUUGUUCCUGUUAUGUAUAAGGACUUAUUAUCAAGUCUAAUUGUGAACAGCUGCAUUAUAAAAUAAUGCAAAUAUUCAACCUUGUAAUUGAAGAAAUUAACAUGUCAAUGACUCUUGAACUUUUGUCAAUAGAACAUUGUUUUUGUUUGUCAUUUAACAUCUGGUAAAGGGGAGUGGGAAACAGUGUGAUCUAUAAAACAAUUCCCUUCUUUUAUAUUUACAUUGCAUUGGAGAAAACUAGUCACAUCCAAAACUUUCAAAGAGAACUCUGGGAAAUGUUGACAAGGAAAAGAACACAUUUGAAAACACAGAGACAUUAAGCCUAUACCACAGGUAAAAAUGGAAAAUAAUUGGAGCAUAAUAAAUACUGUACAAUUAAUGCAUCAAAA